GUCAUCAUUCACUCAAAAAAAAAGAAGAAGAAAAGUCUAAAGGCAGACACUGAACCCAAUGCAGCAGAAUCCAGUUUUUUUCUCUGUCUAAUCUUCUUCAUCUUCUCCGUCAUUAUUGUUUCCUUUCUACAACUUCAUCAUCAGAUCCUCAUAAUUAACCAGCAUUCGUGUGUCUGUGGGAUCUGUUUUCAUCAUCAUCACCAUCAGAUCUCCAAUCUCUUCCUCUUCCCCGACAAAUUACAAUCAACCAAUCAAUCAAUGGGAUCAUUCAAAGGGCAUUUAUUACCAGGAACUCUAUUCCUAUUAGUAGGAUUAUGGCAUAUAUGGAGUGCUAUUAUAAGAUACGUAUCAAACCCAAAAUCAUUUAGGGUUAAACCUUGGAGUCCAAUUCCUGGUAGUGAUGGUUCUAAAUUAAGAAAUCUGGAACUCUAUGUCAUAGCAAUUGGAUCUUUCAUUGAUUUGUGUGUUGAGCUGUUAUAUGCUCCUCAUCUGAAAUUCUUUGUCAAUGGAGUCUUGAAUCCUUCUCAUAUGAAUAAUUUUGAGCAUUCUGGUAUGCUUAUCAUGUUCUUCAUCUUUGCUCUCAUCGCUCUGCUAUCUCAGGAAACCAGGUUUUUUCCUCUACCGGAUGAAGCAUUGUGUUUGAUUGCUGCAACAGCAUUUAGUACAGAGUAUUUCUUAUUCUAUUUUCAUUCGACUAAUCAUAAAGGUCUUGAAGGCUACUACCAUCUCAUGUUAGUCAUCCUCAUUGGUCUCUGUAUAAUCUCAACAGUUGCUGGUGCUUUAAUUCCAACUAGUUUCGCUCUUGAUUUAUCCUCUGGGAUUUCCAUUACUCUUCAAGGUCUUUGGUUUUACCAGACGGCUUUUACUCUUUACGGACCUAUGAUGCCAGAGGGUUGUUUGCUCAAGGGAGAUAAUAUAGUGUGCAAGUCUCCCAGCAAUCAAGUUCGAGGAGAAUUGCUUGCUAAUUUUCAGCUUUUCAGCUUAGUUUUUGGUGUUUUUGCUGGUGUUCUGGGUUUUUACGGUUUUGCUGCUUCAAGAUAUGGUCAUUCAGAUCUUAGGAGACUGGUCGGAGUUGAUGAUGAUGGGUUUGACAGAGAUUAGAAGGUUAAAUACAUUGCUCGAUAACUAUCAAGUACUUUUUUCAUACAGAAAACCCGAUUCCGUGCUCUCGUUAUACACUACUCAACACCAUCAACACUGCGACAGUAAGAAGUUCCGUAACUGAACAAAAAGGAUGUAACUAACUGCGACACAGCAUUAACCGGAAGUUUCAAUUUCUCUGUUAUUUUGUUUCUGGUUCUCCGGUAGCUUAUUGCAGUACUACAUAUAUCACCAAUUCCCAGUCCAAGGGGUACUGAACAACCAGAGAAGAAACCUCUGAAGUACUACAAUGUAAAUAGCAGUUUCUGUGCCUUUUGUUCAUUUAACAAAAAUUAUAGGGAUUUCAAGCUAGCUAGCUUCUUUAGAUGAGAGAACCUUUACAUGA